AUGCGUGCUAAACCUGGCGUUUUUGUUGGGUAUCCUUAUGGUCAUAAAGGUUACAAGGUUUAUGAUCUUGAAACAAAACUCAUAUAUACUUCUAGGGAUGAUGUUUUCUAUGAAACAAUGUUUCCUUUUUCUAAUGAGAAUCAUUCUUCCACUCUGCCAUCUCCUAAGUCUAUUCCAUCAUCUGAAUAUGCUUAUUAUGAUUCAAUUUUAACUCCUUAUCAAACUGAUAAUUAUGCACAGUCACCUGCUUGCCGUAUGUCUACACCAUGUGACACUGCACCACAAGAUAGCUCUAGUCCUGAGCAUAUUAAUGUGACACUGCAACAACACACAUCUUGUUCUACGGCACCAACUGCAAGCUCUAGUCCCGCUAAUCUUUCACCUAUUCCUCAAUCCACAUCUAGCCCUGCUACAUCUGCGAACUCUACACAGCAUCCUAUAGCCGAUACUAUGGCUUCAUCUACUGAGUCUGAUCCAUCUCGAUCUCCCACAGUUUCAUCUCAUAAAAUUGUUUCCGAUUCAUCUCCUUCUCCUGAGACAGUUUUGGCUCCAUCCGUGCAAAACUCAUGA